CCCUUUCCCUCUUCUUCUUCUUCUCUCUCUCAGGAUCACACACAACACAACUCAGAAGAAGAAGGAAGCUUCUUUGACUCAGAAACAACAAUGAUCUUACCAAUGAAACUUCUUCAUCCUCUCCAUCACCCUCUCUCUUCCUCAAUUCCUUUUCAAUCAAGAAGAAGGCAUUCCAAAUCUUACCGGUGCUCGUUACCGUCUCCCGGCGGCGAAAAGAUCAUCACACCAGAGACCGUUGUUUCUCCGGUGCCACCGGUGAGCUACGAAGGAAGAAGAGUUUUACUUGGAUGUCUCCUCUCCGCUGCGUCUGGGGUUCUGUUAACUGAUUCAUCCGAGGCCGUAAGCACCAGCAGAAGAGCUCUACGUGCAUCUAAGAUACCUGACAGCGAAUUUACUACUCUCCCCAAUGGUCUCAAGUACUAUGAUAUAAAAGUUGGCACUGGAGCAGAGGCUGUGAAAGGAUCUCGGGUCGCAGUCCACUAUGUUGCAAAAUGGAAAGGGAUAACGUUCAUGACAAGUCGACAAGGACUUGGCGUUGGAGGUGGAACGCCUUACGGGUUUGACGUUGGACAAUCAGAGAACGGGAAUGUUCUCAAAGGACUUGACCUUGGCGUUGAAGGAAUGCAUGUAGGCGGUCAGAGACUGGUGACUGUUCCUCCCGAGCUUGCUUACGGAAAGAAAGGAGUGCAAGAGAUUCCUCCUAACGCAACAAUCGAGCUUGACAUUGAGCUCUUAUCAAUCAAGCAGAGUCCUUUCGGGACGCCAGUGAAGAUCGUUGAAGGGUAAGAUACUACUCAGAAGUGAGAAAUGGAUCCAGAGGUAUGGAAGCUUCAACUGUAUCAGAAGAAUCUGUAAUGAUACCAGCUAGUCUGGAUUCAUAGCCACUUCUCAUCUCUUGUUCUUCUAUUAGUACAUGUUUGUUGUGCUUUGCAAAACAUCAGACUCGGUUCAAUCCCAUAAACCGAUAAGAUACUUUUUUACUUAUGGUUCAAAUAUAAAAUCUAGGCUGGAAACUUUUUACA